AAGCGAAGCGCACAACCUAAUUACACCAGCAAGCAAAACGCCCUUGCAAACUUUUUGGAUGAGCAAGAAGUUUUCUUUUUAUCCCAUGUAUGUAUCUAGAUAGAUUGUCUCGCAUCAAUUACGAAGUUUUUUUUUCUUCUAAAUAAGUAGGCGGUCUUGCAAAUUACUAGUAUCUGUUCUCGUGAGUCUCCGGAUCAAAUCAAGAAUCUGGGACGAUUGAAGACAAGUCUCUCCCACCAGGGUAUGACGUCAUGUUCCUAAGUUUCUUUUAGUUACCUCUGCUGUCUGGUAACAUUCAACUGGAAUGAUUUAAGUAAUGAUUUGUAUGCUUUCCUAGGGGUUUUAUAAGAUGGGGAAGUGCUUAAGGAAGGAUAACAAUAUCAGUGAUCUGCCUCAAAACAUCAUCGAAAAAAUCCUAACAAAGAUCCCAAUAAGGGAUGCUGUAAAAACCAGCAUCUUGUCUCCCAAGUGGAGGUAUCAAUGGACAGCCAUGACUCUACUCGUAUUUGACGAAAUACCAGAUGGUUCUCUAGAUGAUCAAAAAGCUGCAGAGAUAAGACUUGCAAACUUUGUCACACAAUUUCUUUUACUUCAUGAUGGCCCUAUUCAUAAGUUUAAAGUAACUACUUCAUACUUGAGAAUGUCUACUGAUAUCGAUCAAUGGCUACGUGCGAUAUCAAGGAAAGAUAUUGAAGAGUUAAGUCUUGGCGGUAAUUGGAUCUGUAUCAAUAGCAUCCCCACGCCUUCUCAUUUAUUUUCUUGUCAAGGACUGACAAGAUUGAAGCUUUGCAAGUUUGUGGUGAAGCCGCCUCUGAAAUUUCAAGGUUUUCCAUGUCUGAAGUACCUUAACCUAAUUCAUUGUACAGUUUCUCGUGAGGUUAUUGAAAACCUUAUUUCAGGUUGCCCUCUUCUUGAGGAAUUUAAAUUUCAAAAUAUGGAUGAACUAGUUUUAUCCGUCCGUGCCCCAAAUAUGAAGCAUCUUAUUGUGGAUGGAAACUUCAGAGACGUAUAUCUUGAGUAUAUCCCACUUCUGGUUUCUCUAAGCAUAAUCUUCUUCAAGACUUGGGAAGAUGGUAUCCUUGUAAAAGUUCCACUUACGUAUGACUCUGUGAAGUUUAUCGAACUUGGAGGAAUAAAUUUUGAAGACAUGAAUGCAGUUUUAUAUGCUCUUAACUUGAUUUUGAAGUCCCCUAAUAUAGAAGAACUUCAAAUCUCAGAGGCCAGCAAAAAUGUUCAUCGUAAAGCUGCUGGCUUAGAUUUUUGGGAGAAACAAUGCCCUUCUGAUUUCACAUUUAAGCACCUUAAAGUAGUAAAAAUGACGGAAGUGUCUAGAGAACAUGAAAUAGAAUUCCUCAAAUUUGUGCUUGGACGUUCUCCAGUGCUUCAGAUGAUGAAUGUUUCACCUCCUGAUAGUUGUCGCGGACGAAUGAGUAUGGUGAAUAAAGUGCUGAGUCUUGGAAAAGCUUUUCCAAAUGUUGAAAUUAAAUUCUUGGACCCCUAGUGAAGUGAUUUCUGUAACUAUGCCUUUCUUUUCUUACUUUUUUCCUUGGCUACUUUAUUUUUUGGUUCUUAGAUCUAAUUGUUGAAGAAAUUUUUAAGCUUGAACGCUAAACUUCUGCGAAUUGUGGCUUCAGUAAGAUAUUUACCAGGAUUCAGGAUGUAUUUAUAUCAGGUCCUUAUGUAAACCUUUUCAGACAGGUAGAGUUGUGCAAAACGCAGAAACCAAAUGAAACUGCUUAUAUUUUAGUUUGAUUCUAUUUUACA